AAUCGACUUUUGCAAACGGAAAGAGAACGAUGCUAUUGGCUUAAUUUAAAGCUUUUCAUGUUAAACACGAUAAUCUAAAGAUAUGAAUGUCAAUUUUCAUUACUUGGUAUAUAAUCUGAUGAAUUUCGGUUUACCAAAUCAACAUUUUACUAUUUUACGACCAUACAACAAUCAUGAAAUUCCAUUCGCUCGUUUUAUUAACAAUCUCGGUUGUUUAUGGAGUUCAAGGUGCAGAUAUUACAGUAGCACCUAGGGCUGAAACAACUGACAAUCCCUAUAGUAUUUAUCCUUCAGUAGAAAAGACUGCUUCAAUCAAUGGUUUUGCUGACAAGAUUUAUGACAAGUUACCAGAAUGUGCUAAACCUUGUAUGUUUCAAAAUACUGGAAUGACCCCAUGUCCUUACUGGGAUACUGGUUGUUUAUGUAUCAUGCCUCAAUUUGCUGGUGCUAUUGGUAGUUGUGUUGCUGAUGCUUGUAAGGGUCAAGAAGUUGUUUCUGCUACAUCAUUAGCCGCUUCUAUAUGUUCCUCUGCUGGUGUUUGGGACCCUUACUGGAUGGUUCCUGCCUCUGUUUCUCAACUUUUGAGUUCUGCAGCU